CUUACGCCCCAAAACAAAGGGCCCAGACGUGGUUUUUAAACCAACCAGUAUAGGGUUUACUUGGUUUUCUAAGCGAUAAACUGGUUUACUUUGCUCUUGCUUCUAUAAGGAUCUAGCAGCUGGAUAGAAACUUAACAUUUUCAAUGUGUCACGUAUCUAGUUUGCAAACUAAACUGUUACACAACUUAACUAAUGGAUCCAACAAGAAACGUCAACGAUCAGAGUGACAGAAAACUAGAUGAAAAUUACAUAUACGGCCGCUGGGGCAUCUAUCAAACUGUACAAGCAGCAAUCGUAUUCUACAAUAUAUUGCCGACGGCAUUUCAACUGUUGAUAGGAGUCUUCAUAGGUUAUAGGCCCGCCUUCCAAUGUUUGCCAAGGAGUGAAUUUGAAAAUCAAACUUUUAACACAAACGGAUCUUUUAUUGCGUACGAAAAAUGUCACGUGAGAUUGGAAAACAAUUACACAAGCAAGGAUACAGCUUCACUGAUCAAGUACACUGCCUGCACAAAUGGAUAUGAAUACAAUCUUGACAAAGAGAGUACGUUUGUCACAGAGAUGGAUCUUGUGUGUGAUCAAGCCUAUCUUGGAGAGUUGGUUCAGACUCUCAUCAUGACUGGACAGCUAGUUGGGGCAGCCUUUGCAUCGUCUCUCAGUGACAAGUAUGGUAGAAAAACGGUCCAUUUGACAUCUCAUUUAUUAACGCUGGCCCUCGGGAUUGGUGUGGCCUUCUCACCGAACUACAUGGUUCUCGCUAUUCUGAAAUUUAUUCUCGGUGUAGUGCAACAGGGGAUGGUUAUGACAAACGUGGUCCUAGGAUUGGAAUUGUUUGCAGAAGACAAACGUUUCUACUCGGAGGCCAUAUCACUUAUCUGUUGGGCCACGGGAUUGGUUAUCAUGUCCGGUAUUGCAUAUCUGAUGAGAGAUUACUCCUGGAGAUAUCUCCAAAUUGUUAUGACUUGCUUCUCGUUAUUUAGUCUUCUUCAAUAUUGGGUUCAAGACGAAUCGUUAAGAUGGCUGUCAGCUAACGGUAAAAAGUUUGCUGUUGAAAAAGUCGUAAGAAAAGUGGCAAGAUGGAAUAAAGUCAACUAUGAGGAUCUUAAGAAUAUAGUAGAUAAAAGAAUGGCGAGCACAGAACAGAACACGCAAAAGGUGGAUGACAAGGAGACGACCACUGAAAAUACACAACAGGGAAAGCUUGCUGUGGAGAAAUAUUCAUUUGUCACUAUUCUUAGAAACCGACGAAUUUUUCUAAUAUCACUUAUCAUUUGGUUUACAUGGGUUACUAAUACAUUUACCUACUUUGGAAUGACCUUGACCUCAACGUCCUUGGCAGGAAACCGAUUCCUUAAUUUUUUCCUGUCGUCAUUUGCUGAAUACAUUGCUGUGAUAUUUGAGUAUUCAAUGUUACGUUGCCUUGGCAGAAGAACGAUAUCAAUUGUAUUCCAUGCUGCUUGUGCAGUGUCUCUGGCGUCCGCUACUUUAUUGAGUCAAUUUUCUGGCGGAAAUAGCAAUUUACAAAUGGCCUCCGUUGUGACUACAUUUGUUGGAAAGGCGGCCAUUACCGGAUCAUUCAGCAUUCUCUUUUUAUUUACACCAGAACUAUAUCCUACAAAUUUGAGGAACGCUGGAAUAGGUUUUUCGUCUACCUUUUCAAGACUGGGGGCAUUAAUUUCCCCUUUUGUAGGAACACUGGCCGAAGAAGUUCCUUGGGCUCCUGGAACUAUAUUUUCUGGGAUGUGUUUCAUCGUUACAUUAUUAAUUUUGAAAGUGCCGGAAACACGUGGUGUAGAACUUCCUCAAAAUCUAAAAGAGGUAGAAGAAUUGUACAACAAAAACAGACGUUCAUGGCAACGAGAUAAAAGUAGAAAGUUAUACAAAGCAGUGCAUUUAAAGUUACAGGGGGAUUCUGAGGAUAAUAAUUUAGAAUAAUGAUUGUGCUUGGAAAAUUAAUAACAAUCAUUUUCUAGAAUACAUUUUUUGUGAUCUAAAAUCAUAAUAUCUAUAUGUGUUUUCUUUUUCAAAAAGAAAAAUUUGAUAUACUGUAAACGUGGUUUUCAUUAAUACAUGUAGUUGAUAGAGAAUUGACGGGAAGUUGUUUUGACGCAAUAUUGAAACAAGCGUCUAGAUUUAUCUCUCUUUGAUCAUACAGUCACAAAGCCAAGAGUUGUCUCUGUUUUAAAAUCCCAAAGUAAUUAAUAAUUAUCUAUUACAUGGCCAGGGGCUUUUUUUAAUCAAUGAGCAUUGUAUGUGCCUUUGGCUUUAAGGUGAACUCAAGUUAUUUUUUCAAUGUACAAAAUCCAAUAAAUAUCAUUUUAUUUUUCCCAAGUAAAAAUGAUCGCCGAAUUCGGUCAUUCAAAAUAUUGCGCUGGCUAAAGACGGGAUGUUCAAAAACUCCUGUAAAACAAGGCCUGCCUGACUCAUUCAUUUGAAAGAGACUUGAAAAAUAGGCAUUGAAUGGCGAUGUUAACGACACGGUCUACAAAUUUAAAGAUGCUUUGCCGUCAUACAAGUGAUUCUGGAAAAAAGAAAGGUGAUAUAAAUGAAACAUUAUUGCCAGAGACUGAAGAUUAGCUAUGCGACUCACCACGGUGCCACAAAAGCAACGAUUUAUUAUUCUGUUUCUCUUAUCAAGAAGAUAUACGAAAGCACGAUAAGAAUGCUCAUCUUGUAGAAUAUAAAAUAUAUGAUGGAAACAGUUCUUACACCCCCCUAAAAAAAACAAACAAACAAACAAGGGCCCCGGUAAGCGGAGCAUCCCCUCGCGACAUGAGUUAUAUUGUGUGGGAGAUGCAUUAUUUAGGAAUAUAGAUUUAUGUAGAUGUAAAUGAGGAGACAACAUUCUACUAACCCUCCAUAACUACAAAAACUACUUUUUUUUUUACCUGUACUUGAUCUAAAUCCAAAAAAAUAUCAAGUUGUUGAUUUGAACUGCGUUUUUUCACUUUGGUUUCGAAGAAGUGGAGCGGAAGUAGUUAUUGUCAAGUCAUGCAUAAAAUGUCUGUUUAAAAUUGUGUUAUUUUAACGAUAUAUUAAAAAGUACUCAACUAUUUGA